UCAGCCUCGUUAACCGGGUCUUCCUGCGGGCGGGCGCGCACAGCAGAGAGAUGAAUCUGGAACGGCUAAGGAAGCGGGUGCGGCAGUACAUAGACCAGCAACAGUAUCAAAGUGCCCUAUUUUGGGCAGAUAAAGUAGCAUCAUUGUCGCAUGAAGAUCCACAGGACAUUUACUGGCUGGCUCAGUGUCUUUACCUUACAGCUCAGUACCACAGGGCGGCACAUGCCCUUAGGUCAAGAAAACUAGAUAAGUUAUUUGAAGCGUGUCGAUAUCUUGCAGCUAGAUGUCAUUAUGCUGCAAAAGAAUAUCAGCAGGCUCUUGAUAUUCUUGACAUGGAAGAACCAAUCAACAAAAGACUAUUUGAAAAAUAUUUGAAGGAUGAAAGUGGACUGAAAGACUGUUCCAGUGACUGGGAGGUUUCACAAUCUUCAAUCAAGAGCUCUAUUUGCCUUUUGCGGGGAAAGAUCUAUGAUGCCCUGGAUAAUAGGACCCUGGCAACAUUUAGCUACAAAGAGGCCUUGAAACUGGAUGUCUACUGCUUUGAAGCAUUUGACCUCUUAACAUCACACCACAUGCUGACAGCAGAAGAAGAAAAAGAGCUUCUUGAAUCACUACCUCUUGGAAAACAGUGCACAGAAGAAGAACAAGUAUUGCUACAUUUCCUGUUUGAGAAUAAACUCAAAAAGUAUAAUAAACCUAGUGAAACAGUGAUUCCUGAAUCUGUAGAUGGUCUUCAAGACAAUCUGGAUGUAGUAGUGUCUUUAGCAGAAAGACAUUACUAUAACUGUGAUUUCAAAAUGUGCUACAAGCUUACUUCUGUAGUAAUGGAAAAGGAUCCAUUCCAUGCCAGUUGCUUACCUGUGCAUAUUGGGACUCUUGUGGAGCUGAAUAAAGCAAAUGAACUGUUUUACCUUUCCCAUAAACUGGUGGAUUUGUACCCAAAUAAUCCUGUCUCCUGGUUUGCUGUAGGAUGUUACUAUCUCAUGGUUGGCCAUAAAAAUGAACAUGCCAGAAGAUACCUUAGCAAAGCUACUACACUUGAGAGAACAUAUGGUCCAGCAUGGAUAGCAUAUGGACAUUCAUUUGCAGUUGAAAGUGAGCAUGACCAAGCAAUGGCUGCUUACUUCACAGCAGCCCAGCUGAUGAAAGGCUGCCAUUUGCCCAUGUUGUAUAUUGGGCUGGAAUAUGGCUUGACCAACAACUCAAAAUUAGCUGAACGCUUUUUCAGCCAAGCUUUAAGUAUUGCACCUGAAGACCCAUUUGUUAUGCACGAAGUUGGAGUGGUAGCAUUUCAAAAUGGAGACUGGAAAACUGCAGAAAAGUGGUUUCUUGAUGCACUAGAAAAGAUAAAAGCCAUUGGAAAUGAGGUGACAGUUGAUAAAUGGGAACCUCUGUUGAAUAAUUUGGGACAUGUAUGCAGAAAGCUCAAGAAAUAUGAAGAAGCUCUUGAAUAUCAUCGACAAGCUCUGGUGUUGAUUCCUCAAAAUGCUUCUACUUAUUCUGCCAUUGGAUACAUACACAGUCUGAUGGGGAACUUUGAAAGUGCAAUUGAUUAUUUUCAUACAGCCCUUGGUCUUAGAAGAGAUGAUACUUUUUCAGUUACUAUGCUGGGACAUUGCAUAGAAAUGUAUAUUACCGAUUCUGAAGCCUACAUUGGAACUGCAAUUAAAGAUAAAUUAAGGUGCUAUGAUUUUGAUGUGCAUACUAUGAAGACAUUGAAGAACAUAAUUUCACCUGCGUGGGAUGUAUUGGAAUUUGAUAUAGAAAGGCAAACUCUAGAAGAAAGUAGCAUCAUGGCACUGGAAGCACCACAUCAGAGGAAAUCUACCGAAGCGCCUCCUCCACUAGAUGAAACUUUUGAAAUUGAAAUGAAUGAAAGUGAUAUGAUGUUAGAAACAUCAAUGUCAGAUCACAGUACAUGACUUUAAAAUGCUGGUGCCGCAUCAUUGUGUAAAGUGUUUAAGCAAUUUUGUCACCUCAUGCCUUUAGGAACCUGUUAUUUUAUAUGAUUACAUAUGACUAAUAUUGACAUUGGAGAACUGCCCAAGAUGGUGGCAGUGUAUUUGUUUAUACCUAUUCUACAAAAUAAUCAUGUAUUUUUAACUGUUAAGUGCAUCCUGUGACUGCUAUUAUUAAAAGACUGUGAAUGUUUAAAAAAGCA